AUGAGAAUGCAGGAUGUGUUUGAGGGAUAUAGCAGUUGGAGGGAACUGGCCAAGGCUUUGGCUAAUAGAGACAUUCCUGCUGUGCAUCCAGAUCUCAAGUUCUAUCAUCCUCAGAGGCAGGAAUUCAAGGAUCAAGAGUCAGACAGAGGUGGGCUCAAGAGUGAGAGCUACCAACAAUGGAACAAGCCUGUACCCUGGAUCUCAGAGUUCCAGGGCCGUGCCAACUUGCACGUGUUUGAAGAUUGGUGUGGAAGCUCCAUCCAGCAGCUCCGAAGAAAUCUUCACUUCCCACUCUACCCCCAUACCCGAACCACAAUAAAGAAGUUAGCCGUAUCUCCCAAGUGGACCAACUAUGGGCUCCGGAUCUUUGGCUACCUGCACCCUUUUACUGAUGGAGAAGUCCAGUUUGCUAUUGCUGCAGAUGACAACGCUGAGUUCUGGCUAAGCUCCAAUGACCAGAUCUCAGACCUCCAGCUGAUGGCUAGUGUGGGCAAGACAGGAAAGGAAUGGACAGCCCCUGGAGAGUUUGGAAAAUUCCGAAGUCAGAUUUCUAAACCAGUAAGCCUGUCAGCUUCUAGAAGGUACUACUUUGAGGUACUGCACAAACAGAAUGACCAGGGGACAGAUCAUGUGGAAGUGGCCUGGCGACUGAAUGACCCUGGGGCCAAGUUCACAGUCAUAGAUUCUCCAUCCCUGUCUCUCUUCACAGAUGAGACACUGCUCAAGAUGGAUGAGGUGGCCCACAUCCCACAGACAGUGGCCAGCCAUACAAGCCCUCUGGAUCCACUGCCCACGGAUCAGGAGCACCCUGCUGACAUGUUGAGACCUGAUCCCCGGGAUAUCCUAUAUCGAAUGCCUUUGAUCCCCAAAUCUCAACUCCGCCGGGUCCUACCAGAUUGCCAAUAUAAACCCAGCUACCUGGUGAAUGGCUUUCCCCUACAGCGCUACCAGGGACUCCAGUUUGUUCAUUUGUCUUUUGUAUACCCAAAUGACUACACCAGAUUGAGUCACAUGGAGACACAUAACAAAUGCUUCUAUCAGGAGAAUUCAUACUAUCUAGACAAGUUUGGCUUUCAGAAAUAUAUCAAAAUUGACCAAUUUGACAGGCAGAGUCCGGAGCUCAAAGAGAGAAUGGAGCAACCAGGUUUUGAGGAGGACCUUCCCAAUGAGUCCCAGUAUGGAGAUCAGGGUGAAGAAUUCCCCAUCCCCACUGACCAGAGUCCAGGGAUCUUAGAAGAUGAGAGCAAUCCUACUUCCAUCCCUAGUCAGGACUCCACUGACUAUCACCUCAGAAGCCGGCGGAGGCUUCUAGCCACAUAUCAGAGGAGCUCCCCAGAAGCCGGACCAAACAAGAACAAUAAAGCUUCCACAGCAAGGACAAGAGAUUCCCCACUCCAGAACUCCAGGAAGAGGAAGGCACAAGAGCCCAGCCUUAAGCACAUCCAAGAAUCAUCUCGUUCCAACCAACAGCCCACUGAGCACGUGGCAGUGACGUCCCCUCGAUUCAAGAGAGCCAGGGCAGGAGGUAGCCACCGCAGGCAGACCUUGGAUCAAUCUCAGUGGCUGAAUCAGGUUCAGUCUUACAUUGUGGAACAGAGAAAGGCUGAUGGAGCAGAGCCAGAGGCUGCUGGGAGAAUGCAGCAUGGGGAGGAGGUGGUGGUGACUGAAGAUGAAGAAAGGCCGAUGGAGGGGGAGGAAGAGGAGGAAGAAGAGGGAGAGGAGGAGGAGGACCUAGGAGAGUCAUUUGAAUACGUACCUCUGUUCGAUCCUGCGGUGACCUGGAAUCAGACCUUCAGUGCUCGAAAUGUGGACUUUCAGACCCUGAGGACUGAUUGGAUUGACUUGAAUUGUAACACAUCAGGCAACCUUUUGUUGCGGGAGAGAGAAGCCCUAGAGAUUACACAUAUAUUUAUGAAGAAGCUGAACCAGAAAAUAAGGGGGCGGUACCAGUUAAAUCGUGUGGUGAACAUAGAGAAACGUCAGGACCGGCUUCGAGGGAGUCGCUACCUGUUGGAGCUGGAACUUCUGGAGAAGAGUGGUCAGCUAGUGCGGCUCUCAGAGUAUGUGCUGUCCCGGGACUGGCGAGGGGUUAGUGUGGGUGGUGGCAAGGAUCCAGAAGCACGCAACUUACGCGGCAUGGUCUUGGGCCACCAGCGCCAGCGGCACCUGCUCAGCAGCCAGUCCAAAGAACCCGAACUGUGCUGGCCCCUCGGCUUCUCCUGGAACCAUCGUGCUGUUGUUCACUUUAUUGUGCCCGUGAAGAAUCAGGCACGAUGGGUUCAGCAGUUCAUCAAUGACAUGGAGAAGCUGUCCCAGGUGACCGGUGAUCCCCAUUUCAACAUCAUCAUCACUGACUAUAGCAGUGAGGACAUGGAUGUAGAGAUGGCACUUAAGAGAUCCAGUCUGCGAAGCUACCAGUAUAUGAAGUUGACUGGGAAUUUUGAGCGCUCAGCAGGACUCCAGGCUGGUGUGGACCUGGUGAAGGACCCACAUAGCAUUAUCUUCCUGUGUGAUCUCCACAUACACUUUCCACCUGGAGUCAUUGAUGUCAUUCGGAAGCACUGUGUGGAGGGCAAGAUGGCCUUUGCUCCCAUGGUGAUGAGACUGCAGUGUGGGGCAACACCUCAAAGGCCUGAAGGUUACUGGGAAGUGAAUGGAUUUGGCCUGUUGGGCAUCUACAAAUCAGACCUGGACAAGAUUGGAGGCAUGAAUACCAAGGAAUUUCGAGACCGCUGGGGUGGAGAGGACUGGGAGCUCCUGGACAGGAUUCUACAGGCUGGUCUAGAAGUGGAACGCCUCUCCCUUAGGAAUUUUUUCCAUCGGUACCACUCCAAGCGAGGCAUGUGGAACCGUCGCCAGUUGAACAUGCCGUGAUCUCAGAGUGUGCCCAGCCAGAACUGACUGAUUCCUGCCUCCUGACCUGCAGCUGCUUCCAUUCCUGCCCACCACUGGAGGGGGAAUAAAAAUGAAUGGGAGGAGUAAACCAACACUCCUUUGCAUCCUCCCCACCUCUAUUGAGAGCCAUCUUCCCACCUAUGGACCUGAUGUGGAGUCUGAAUAGGUGGCAGUGUUUUAAUCUCCCCCUUCCUCGAGCCUUUCAGGUACUCAACAAGAAGGAUUUUUAAGUGGAGGCUCUGUGGAAGGUGGUGGGAUCCAGGUCUAGAUGGCAGAGGUGGAAUACCUCUUCAGGAAAUAGAAAGGCAGCAAGGGAAAGAGCAACCUUCACCAGAUGAGAAGCCUUCCACUAUCAGCUUGCCUUUUGUAGGGAGUACAGACCAUGAAACAUAGACUUUCUCUUAAAAAAUUAUUGGUUGAUGGGAGAGGGGUGGGAGGUGGUAUUGAAUCUUUCCACCAUCCUCUCUCAACCAGCACAGACUGUGAGAAUCCUUGAUUUCUCAGAGGGAAAACAAUCCCCAGGGGGAUGAGGUGGUACAUUUGGGGAAUAUUCUCAGUAGUGGAUCUCUGACCUUCUGCUAUGACCUGUUGUUUCCCCCUGUUCAUCCUUGAGAAGCUGUCUUGUAAUCAAGGUUGAAACCUUGUUGAAUAUACUCCAAAGGUCAAGCCUUUUCAAGAUGGUGACCCUCCUCUCGAAACCCAUAUUCCUGUCCCUCAUUACUCCCACAGACAGAAAGCAAGUGCUUCCAAUCACCUGACUUGGCCAUCAACAACAGGGCAUUAACUUUAUCCAGCUAGAGAAGCUAAGCUCAGGCUGGUGGAAGCACAGGGCUGAAAUCCCCAUCCCACCACUCCUUUGGGGCCAGUAACCAAUAUGAAAACUACAAGGAGUAUGUUUUGAAGGAAAAGUGGGAAGUCUGUCAAGGGGUUCCAAGCUCAUUUCAACUUCUUACCUUUGCCACUGGCUUUAUAGACUAUUUGCUGCAGAGCAGAGAAGUGGAGAGUGUCUUUAAUUAUAGUCUCUAGGAAAGGCUAGUGGAGAGGGGAAAAAAAAAAAAGGGAGGACAGCAGGAAAAGGGAACUGCUGGUCUGUAUAUGAAAACAGAGAGGAGGUCCGGUGCUAUUUGUUCCUCCCCAGCCUUGAUGUUUUGAAAUAUCUCCAGAUAGUCACCUGGAAGAGGGAAGGAUCACAAUGAACAAGCUGGAGCUCCUGGAUCUCGGGCUGGGAGGAACAAGAAGUAGAACAAGAAGAGAACAAGUGAAAUACAGUCCUUUAGCCCUUUUACCACCAGACUGCUACCUCUGCCUACUGUUUCCCACUUGAUCAUUAUGUAUGAAUCUUGCACUAAACCCCAGGCUGCCUUUGUGACUGGGGAUUCUCCUGCUGCUGCAUUCACCAAUGGUGCAUUUGAUACCGGGUCUCAGUACUCCAGUGUCUGUCUAGGUAUGUGGAUUAAAAAAAAAAAAAAGUUAAUGAGGAGGGGGUUAUGGAGAAACAAAAUGGAUCUAAAACCUCAGCCUAUAGUUGAACGCUAUCCCUAGUUCAAACUUGCUGUAUUCUGAACAGAGCCAGUGACAGAGAAGAGAGAGGAGAGGAAAGGAGAAUUAGGAUUGUCCAUGUGAAAUAUCCAUUUUCUCAGAGUAGCUUUUCUCUGAAGGAAAUUCUUAAGACCUGAAAUAGGCUUUGACUGGAAAAGGCAAAUUGGAAAUCCCCCUCCUGGUUCAUCUCCUUCAUAUUACCAGAGCCCUUGCCCCAACAUCCCAGUCCCCCACCCCAAUUUUCUUCCCUGGACCUUGAACUUAAGUGCCUUGUAUUUGACUUCUGUACUGUUACCUCUGUACCAUCUGCCUUAAGGAAGAGAGGCCUCCUAGGCUUCUGUUAUGUAAAAUAAAGAAUUGGUUGGGAAGAGAAAAGGUUAAAUACAGCAUCUUCUUAGAAAAA